GUGAGCAGGUAGGGCCCAGGGGAGACUGAUUUUCGGUGGGGCAGUGAGACCAAAGAUAACCUUUAUCAGAAAGGAUGGAGUUGGGAAGAGGAAAACUUCUCAGGACUGGACUGAAUGCGUUGUAUCAAGCAAUACACCCAAUUCACGGCCUUGCCUGGACUGAUGGGAAUCAGGUAGUCCUGACCGAUUUACACCUUCACGGUGGAGAGGCCAAGUUUGGGGACUCAGCGGUCAUUGGACAAUUUGAACAUGUGUAUCGGGUGUCCUGGGCCCCACCUGGUACAGCUGACACACCCGCUCUGCUCGCUGUCCAGCACAAGAAGCAUGUCAUUGUGUGGCAGCUGUGUCCUAGCACUACGGAGACAAGCAAAUGGCUGAUGUCUCAGACCUGUGAGAUUAGACAGUCACUCCCUGUCCUUCCCCAGGGCUGUGUGUGGCACCCAAAAAGUGCUGUCCUGACUGUGUUGACUGCACAGGAUGUCUCCGUUUUCCAUAAUGUUCACUGGGACAGUUCCCAGGUCAAAGUGGACAUCAGCACCCAAGGCCUCAUUCACUGUGCAUGUUGGACCCCGGAUGGCCAGAGGCUGGUGGUGGCAGUAGGCAGCAGCGUGCAUUCUUAUAUUUGGGACAGUGCUCAGAAGACUCUUCACAGGUGCUCCUUCUGCCCAGUGUUUGAUGUGGCCAGCUACGUGCGCUCAAUCGGAGCCACUGUGGACUCACAGGUCGCUAUAGCCACUGAGCUUCCACUAGAUAAGAUUUGUGGCUUAAAUGCAUCUGGAACCUUUGAUGUUCCCCCUAGUAGUGAAGGCACUUGUCUGUAUACUUUACCAGUUAUUGACGAAGUUUCCUCUGAAACAAAUUCUGAAACACCAGUUUCUCCCUUUUCUUCAUCCUUUUCUGAUCCUCUGGAUCUAACUCAUAUACACUUUGAUGGAUCUAAAUCUGAGGCUAGUUCUCUUAUUUGUCUAAGAAAAAAGGACUACUUGACAGGAACUGGCCUGGAUUCUUCACACUUGGUCCUCUUGACCUUUGAGAAGGAGGUUACCCAGAACAGAAAAGUCACCAUCCCGGGCAUUCUGGUUCCUGAUCUAAUGGCGUUUAAUCUUAAAGCACAGGUAGUCGCAGUGGCUUCCAAUACGUGUAAUAUAAUUUUUAUCUAUUCUGUCGUUCCAUCAUUUAUGCCAAACAUCCAGCAAAUUCAGUUAGAGAGUAAUGAAAGACCAAAAGGCAUAUGUUUCUUGACAGAUAAAUUAUUGUUAAUUUUGAUAGGAAAACAGAAAUCCACUGAUUCGGCAUUUCUUCUUUCUUCAAAGUCUGAUCAGUAUAUGAUUCGUUUGAUUGUUAGAGAAGUUAUGUUGGAAGAAGACUCUCCAGUGACACCGAGUGAAAACCAGAGUGGUCACUCUGCUUUCAGUACUCUGUUAAAUAAAGCAAAUAGAAAAAAGCUAAUUGAAAGUCUUUCCCCAGAUUUUUGUCACCAAAACGGAGGGAUCUUGUUAACAGCUAAUAGCAGCAGUCAAAGUGGAAGGCCUGGAAGAACACUUAUUCAAGAAAUCAGAAGUCCUCCAUCCAGUAUCUGUGAUGGCUACACAGCCCUAGAAACUCUAGAUGCCGGGCCUGUUAACCAGUCGGUAACACUGCCCGGACCCAGCGGCACACCAGACCACAACAGUACCGCGGGACCUCCUAACUUACAAGUGGAAAAUGAAAAUUAUCAGCUAUCUAAGAUACUGGAAAUUUUAUCUAGGAACCUGAUUGAAGUGCAGCAGCGUCUUUCUGAACUCACAGACUUUCUACAUAAUGGAAAGAAAUCCUCUCCAGUGUAUCCACUCUCUCAGAAUGUGCCUUACGUUCACAUCACUUGCCAGAAAUCUUAUUUUUUAGGUCCUGUUGUAGAAAAAAGAGCCGUGCUUCUCUGCAACGGCAAGCUAAGACUCAGUACAGUCCAGCAGACUUUUGGCCUCUCUCUUAUUGAAAUGCUACAUGACUCCCACUGGAUCCUUCUCUGUGCUGAUAGCGAAGGCUUCAUCCCCUUAACUUUCACAGCCACACAGGAAAUAGUCAUAAGAGAUGGUAGGUCAAAUGACUUUAGGGGCCCUGUCUCUUGAAGUCUUUUAGAGACAUACUCCCCAAAGCGUAGAUGCCACCGGCUGUUCUGACCAUUUUGGCAGUAUAGUCUGAUACUUGUUUGUAGAAUAUUUGCUGCACAGACUUUCAGAUGAGGUUUUUACAAGCAAGAUCUGUUUUCCGACGCUCCCCAGCGAGGAUUUGUACUGUCGCUGGGAGGUGAAGAAGUUGCCAUGGCUAGCUCGGCCACCUCUCCCCGCAGGCUGACAUUGCCUACUCUCAGCAGAGCUCAGUCUUUGGUAGAUGGCUCAGAACGUGGUUAUUUAUGUAUUCAUUACUGUGUGGUUUUGUCUAAGGGCAGAAUUCCCGGUGCAAAGCGAUUUUUAUGGUGCCAUGUGGAUUGUGUUUUAUGGUUUCUCUGAGGUUUUUUUGUCCCUUACCCAAAACAGUGUUAAAGCCCUUAGAAGCACUUAAAAGGUACCUCAGCAUUGUUAUAAAUCCUUUUCUUGGCUUAAAGUUGAGUGUGAGGAGUGCUGGAGAACAUCUGCUGCAGCCUAUCUUUUUACGCCAAACGAGCAGGAAUCAGCAGAGCUCAAAGGAAGACAAAAAAUCGAUUGACUUCUGCUCCCAGGGCUACCUAGAACAGAAAGUAGUUCUCAUGUUGGUUGGACCUCCCAGGAUAUAAACCUAACCCUCUCACUUCCCUAGAAAAUUCUGGCUGACAUAGUUCCAGGUACUCCUAAAAACUGUCCCUGGGCAAAUUUCAAAUGAAAUUUCAAGUGCUUUGACUCCCUCUGGACCCCAUUUCAGUGUGUCCUGAUGUUACUAGUAUAAUGCUAAGCAUAGGUGAGGCCUACAGCAUGAUUUGUGCUGUUGCCACUCAUGAUUUUCUCCCUGAUAGGUUACCCACCCCCCAUUGUUGGGAUCAUAAAAAUGUCCUAUUUUUUUCCCCAGUAAUCAACUCCCUUAAAUUGUCACUUUAAUUUUGGUAUUUUUCUUCCCCUCACCUCCCGGAUUCAAGUCUUAGAGACCAGCAUAGAAUCUGCGAGAGAAAGUAUUUCAAAAAGUUGGAGGUUUCACUGAAUCUGAGAUAGUUUAUUAUAAUUAUGGGCUAAAGCACCAGCUUAGCAUAGUGGAAAGAGCCCUGAUUCCAGCUUCAGAUAGAUUCACCUUUUCUCACUGCCUUCAGACAGUCAUAAGCUUCAGUCACUGCAGCAUAACGAACGGAUCAGUGUGUAGCUGGUCAGAGCACAUCUGCAGAUAAAUUGUUUCAGCCAUAGGAGCUCAGAUGCAUAAGAGCUCAAGUGCAUCUUUUUCACCCUUUCUUUUAAAAUCAUCUGGAAAGAAAUAUUUUGUACCCUUGAGGACUCCUGUUGGUCUGUUACAGUUUAUGAAGGUGGAGCUGGGAUAGGGAAGAAGCGAGGGCCCACUUUGUGAUUGAAAUGCGUUAGAGGAGCUGCUGGGAUAAUGAAGUGGAGCCCCUGGAACCAGUCGCCUGAGAGCAUUGGCUGAGGACAGUCUGAGGCCUGCUUCCAUUUUUAAAGAAAGUGUCCAGGUGGGGUGAAAGCACAGAACUGUGAAGCCUCAAGAGGGGGUCUGGGGUACCCCGUAGUAAGAUCAGUGUAGGUCCCGCACUCAAGGUGUAUGUUAUACUCAUUUCGCUGGUCAGAAUCCUGUGAAUGAGUCUUCAAUAAAAUCACUAAUGGUUGUUGUGGCUUUUGUGAAUGUUUUGAUGGUGUUUGCUUUGUGAUUGUUGCUGGUAUAAAGGAAUGUUCUUGAUUUUA